UUGUUUGUAUUCGGUCGUGCUUGGAAAAUCUGGAUCUUGGAUUUUUGUGCGGUGGAACCGGCUGUUUUAAGUGGGGUUUGCAAAAUGUCGGAGGAAUUUGAUGGACGAUUUAAUGAGCGUCUUCUGGAGCUGACGCAAGAUGCAUUCAGCAGAUUGGGCUUUCAACUGUUCGACCCAACCGGAGAGCCGGCCGACUGUGUGCAGAAUCUUGUUAAGGAAUCACUGGAAACCUCGAGCAAAGCAUCUAAAAAACCAAAACCGCCCGAACCACAGCCACCAAUUGCUUCAGAGGUUUGCUCAGAAUCGAAGGAGCACCUUAUCAGUUGUUUGAACCUUCAUUUGGAAGAAGCAGGUGAUAUGCAGUACCGCAUAUCCAAUCUGCUUGCCAUCAUCGAAAGCCACGAAGAAAAGAUUUUAUCCAUUCGACCAGAACUAAUGCAGACUAUCACAGACCAAGACACACCAUUAGGACAGCGAGCAACAGAAAUUAAACAAAAAGUGUUAGAAAAUGCAAAGGCAGAAAAAUUUUCGAUGCAGCAAGAGGACCAAAGGUGGAUUAAGAAACAAUCGACCAAUCCAGCCAGAAAGAACAAUCCUGGAUCGAAAGCAAACGAAUCUCUUCUCCAGCGAAAGGAACGCGAGUUUCAGUUGCUGAGCACAUUUUUCAAGUACAUCAUAUCCGACCUGGCGAAUCGACGAAAUAUCAAUCGCUUGGAGCUAGCAGCGGAUCUUCGCGGCAUUCGGCAGGCUUUAAAGUUGUUGCUAGAUCAAAACUCUCCAGAACAACGAGCUACUACGAUUUUGGAACGGCAAUCGUCUGAAAAUCAACAGCAAAGUAGUAGCGCGUGCUCGAGCAAAGCAGAACAGAAAUACUCCGUCACAAUGCCUGUAACUAAGCAUGAUUCUGGUCCAGCGAAGGCUCUGGGAAGUAAGGUAAAUGUUUCUAUCGAAGCCGUGAGUAGCACGGGUGAAAAAGGUCCGUCUACCAGCAGCAGUUCGUCGCUACUGAGCACGCAUAAGCAAUGUGUUCAGGGUGGAAGUAAGUCGAAGAAGACUGAUAUUACAUUUGAAAGACACGAAUCUACUGAAAUAAUAGAAAUCAUCGACGAUGAUGAUGAUGAUUGAGGCUUCAGAGUUAGUUUGUUUAUCGAAGCAGGAAGCUCAUUUAAUAAUCUAUGUAUCUGCAGCAGAACGCUCUUAACAACGGGACAUCAGCGUGGAUGUUCCGCAUCAAGCGACGAUCACGUAUUUCCUUUUUUAGUUUUAGCAAUCCUUUUCAUGUAAGCCAAUUUUUGAUUGAAAUGGCACCAAAUGAAUCCUACUAGAUGGAGGAUACCGCGGAUUUUUCUUUCGGUUCUGGCGAUUCCACACCAAAACAAGUUUGAAGUUUAAUUACUGCAUUAAUUUACCGAAUUUUAUACGAUCUAGCUAUGUAGAUCUUUUGCCAUCGUUCGUAACCUUAUCGAUUCCAUGUAUCGUUAAGUUAUCACACUGUACACUGUAUUAAACAGAUGUUGAAUUGCUGCAUGCUGUGCUCGUCGCUAAACUCGCUAACUGUUAUCUCUGAAUCCAAACAAGGACUUACUGUUAAGCAAAAUGCAGAGCGCCAUCCGUGCACAAAAUGCACCU